UCCGCGUGCGAGUUGCGAGUUCAUGCAAGUUCGUGCAACGCAAAACAUUCUUAUACGUGAUGUCAGAAAUGGAAAGGACCGAAAGUAGCUUCACGCAGUGGCGUAAUUCUUCCAAUUAUCGAGUCGAAGGCGAUUCUGUGAUAAUUUCUGACAGCGAGGAUGAGAUCAAUGAUUCAAGAAAAAACGACAAACAAAUAAUCGUCGACGAAAGCAUAGAGCUCGAGGAUGAUGUCGAUAAUUCUAUCAAGGAUACUACACCGAGGAAGAAUUAUAAAGAUAGUGAAGAUGACAAUACACCUGUUGUCCGUCCGAACAUAAAUAAAAAAACAAGAAGAUAUAUGUUGGAUUCUGAGUCUGACAGUGAUUAUGAACAGAUAGAUGAUCAUGAAAAUAAUGAAGCAUAUCAUACGAUUAAUGAUUUUAACUCUGAUUCAAAAAGUUCUCGUGAAAAUUAUGAUGAAGAAUAUUACAGUGACUUCAAUUCUGAUUCAGAUUCUUGUCUUUCAUCUUCACAAAUUAAAAAUAAGAGUAAAAAAAGAAAAGAUGUUACUCAUGAUAAUACCAGAGAAGAUAUAAAAGAAUUAAAACUUAAUUCUUCUAAUGAUUCUCUAAUUAACAUAAAUGACUUUGAGGAAUCAUACAAACAAAAUAAUACUAACCAGAUACGGAAAAUGACAGACACGGAAGACAAAGAAAUUGAUGUACCUGUGACUAUUGAGCUUGAUUCAGAUUCUGCUUCUGGACAAAACAGCGAUGCUGAAUUUGCAAUAUCUGUUGCAAAAGAAGUAACUGGUAUUGGAAAUGUGGAUUUAAUGGCGCAAAAAAGAGCACUUACGGUUUACAAAUUAGAGCAGCUUAAAAAUGAGUCAGCCCAGAUGAAGCAACUACUCACUGAAGGAAAUAUCGACAUAUUUCCCGAUAAAGGACAAAAAUUACAAGAAUUCAUACAUCAGCAAGAAGAAGAAAUAAAGAACUUGACACAUGAAUUGGAAGAUACUUCUUUAGUACCACUUUUCAAUAAUCGAGAUACUGUAGAAAAAUCACAUUUCAAGAAAGAAUUACAAUUUUCUGAAGAUGAGCUAGACUCAAACUACACCGAUUAUUCAUAUUUGGAUAUUGACAAUAUACCAAUGAGACCUACCACAUCUCCUGAAUCAAGGCAACUUAGUUUAAAAGCACAAGCAACAAGAGAUAAGGAAUAUGCUUUAACGGUUGAACGAUUACAAGAUUUGCAUGGAUCUCUAGUAGCUCGGCCAUCAGAGAAAGAAAAAGCAGAAGAUCCAAAAGGGUUGAAGGUACAGUUAAUGCCGCAUCAACAGCAUGCUCUCGCAUGGCUUCUGUGGAGAGAACAGCAAAGACCAUCCGGUGGCGUUUUAGCUGAUGAUAUGGGCUUGGGCAAAACACUAACUAUGAUAGCUUUGAUUUUGACCACUCUUGCUAAAGAUUCUGAUGAAAGUGAUGAUAAUGAUGCUACAUGGGAAGGAUCUUCACUAUGUUAUAAAGGUGGUACUCUAGUAGUAUGUCCUGCAUCUUUAUUGUCACAAUGGAAAAAUGAAGUGCAGAACAGAUGCAAACUUGGUCUAUUAUCUGUUCAAGUGCAUCAUGGCAGCAAUCGACAGAACGCUCCUAAACAAUUAGCAAGAAAAGAUAUAGUCAUCACGACAUAUAAUAUAGUAUCUCGAGAAUAUAAAACUAAUUCUACAUUAUAUAAGAUUAAUUGGAAAAGAGUUAUACUCGAUGAAGCGCAUAUAAUAAGAAAUCACAAGAGUCAAGCAUCUGAAGCAGUAUGUGGACUUGUAGCGAAUAAACGGUGGGCUCUUACCGGCACACCUAUACAGAAUAAGGAGUUAGAUUUAUAUUCCAUACUGAAGUUUCUUAAAUGCUCACCUUUCGACGAUUUACGCGUUUGGAGGCGAUGGGUAGAUAAUAAAAACGCUGCGGGCCAUCAAAGAUUAGCAACGGUAAUGAAGACGUUAAUGUUACGCAGAACUAAACACGAAUUGAUGUCGAAGGGCGAGUUGGAAAGUUUACCCGAUAAAUGCAUUGAGGAGGUGAUAGUGCAACUCGAUCAACAGGAACAAUUGGUUUAUAAAAAAAUUUUAGCGUAUUCCCGUACUCUGUUUGCACAAUUUUUAGCUCAACGUGCAGAGAAAGAACACAUGUUAGAUUUGUACAGUGGCAAAUACGAUAAACCUUCCUUUUCCUCAAACCCAAACAAGGAGACUCAAUUCACGGAAGCACAAAAAAAGUUAUUAGCGUUACACGCCGACGUAAAGACACAUGAAAUUUUAAUGCUUCUGCUACGACUGCGUCAAAUAUGUUGUCAUCCGGCAUUGAUCCACGCAAUGCUGGAUCAGGAAGACUUGCAACAAAGCGGUAUAAUGGAUAUAGAAAAUGUGGAUUCUAAUUUAUUAUCGCGCGUUCAUAAUAUGUCACUUACUGGAGUUGAUAAUGAAGAGAAGGAAAACGCUGGUAUUGAUCAAAGAAUAAUGGAAAAUCUACUCACUGCCGAAAAUCCGGUAUUUGAUAAUGAUCGUAUUAGUUCUAAAAUGAAGAUGCUACUUGAUAUUGUUAAAAAAAUUUUGCAAAAAAGUAAUGAUAAACUUAUUAUCGUUUCGCAAUGGGCAGCAUUGUUGGAAGUUAUUGCCUCACAUUUACCCUCAAUAAAAGGGGCUACUUUUAGCAAAUUUACAGGAAAUGUUCCUAUCAAAGAUCGACAGGGUAUAAUGGAAUCUUUUAACAGUCGAAAUUUUGGUCCGAGAAUUCUAUUAUUGUCACUGACUGCUGGCGGAGUGGGAUUAAAUUUGGUAGGCGGAAAUCAUUUGUUGUUAUUCGAUAUUCAUUGGAAUCCACAGUUAGAAACACAGGCGCAAGACAGGAUUUAUCGUUUUGGUCAAACAAAGAAUGUUUAUGUUUACAAAUUUAUCUGUGUUAAUACAAUAGAAGAGCGUAUUAAAGCGUUGCAAGAACGGAAACUUCAAAUAGCAACAAACGUAUUGAGUGGUAGUACAAGCAGGGUGGUUGGAAAACUUACGCUGAAUGAUCUCAAAUCUUUAUUCGGCUUCUAA